AUGGGCUCCUCAACAACACUUGCGCCGACAUUCUAUGGCCACAUCGCCUCGACGCAAGACGGCCUACUUCUCUUCGAGGCCUGCCUCAGCGGCGCCCUCAACCACGUUGCUCGACGCCCUCACGACCGGGAACGGGCUAGCUUGAUCAAGAGUGGGAACGUCUUCAUCUACGAAGAGCAUUCCUCGGGGAUUAAACGUUGGACCGAUGGCGUGCCGUGGAGUCCAAGCCGGAUCUUGGGCAAUUUUCUCGUGUACCGCGAGCUCGAGCGGCCCUUCCCACCGGGAGAAAAGAAGCGGGCAAUGAAACGCAGCAAAAGAUCUCCCGGCAUUGGCAAAGUCCCCCAGCCAUACCGAGGGCUGAGUGGUGGAAUAAACAAUGGAUAUAAUGCAGUGUCAGCUGCCUCGAACUCCGAAUCGGCUAGCGCGAGCAGUUCACUGCAACGGGAGACAGAGCGCUCGCUGAUCGGAUCACUGGUGGAUUCGUACGGCUUCAAGGAGGACGGCUUGGUAAAAAAGACGGUCAGCGUUACAGUGGGGGGGGUCUCGCACCAUCUGGUCUCCUACUAUACCGUCGCAGAUGUCCUGAACAACAAGCUGCUCACUCCAACCAAGGAUCCCCGUUUCCAGUACAUCACCCCCCGCCCAGAUCUCAUCACAAAGCAGAACUUCCGCGCGCCA